AUGAAACUCUCAACUUAUAGCAUUCUUACCAUUCUCUUCAUUUUGAUGGUAUGUUAUAAAAUACGAUACACUGAGGCGAGACAGUUGCGGGAAGCUGACAGUGCAGAUCGUGAUCAUCAUUUCACAGCCGGUAACACUGAUGAUUUUGGGCCUACUUACCCGGGUAAUAGUCCGGGCAUUGGUCAUAAAUUGAAGGAGAAUAAUGAAAUUGUCGAAGGGUUUAAAUAUGACUUUACGACACCAGGACAUAGUCCCGGCGUUGGACAUUCUGUCAAGAACAAUGAGCCUAAGUCGUAGAAAAUAUUUUAAUAGUUUAGCGUAUUUCCUUGUUGCUUUUACUAAAUUAAUAUGUAUUUAAAUUACUGCGUGAAGUUUUAAAUCUAGUGUAUGUAGUUUAUGAUAUGUUGUUUACUAGUUUUGUUGAUCAAGAGUUGUUC